GCGAGCUGCCGUAAAGCGCGGCGCGGUGCCCGCACGUGCGCCGGUGCCGCCAUGGGGAAGCGGCGGCCCGGGCGGGAGCUGGUGCGCAGCCUGAGCAAGAAGCACAAGAGGCACCUCAAGGACUUCGGGGAGGAGCACCCCUUCUAUGACAAGGUUUCUGAAAGACCAGAAGCAACUCCAGUCUGUGAGCUGUCUGAGAAUUCUGAUAAAUCGAGUGCAGAAAGCGAUUCAGAGACUGAAGUGGAACAGAUCUCUGUGUAUCAUAAACUCCUGGCUACCCUGAAGAGCUCUCCUGAGUCUGAGAGUGAAGAGGAUGUAAGUGACUCAGAAGAAGCUGGUGAAAGUGAGACAGAAAUGGGCAGCGAAGGGUCCCAGGAGACUGGAGAAGCAGAUGGAAGUGAAGAAGCUAAGAAUGAUGUACAAGAGCAUAAAGAAGCUACAGACACACCAGAGCAGAUGCUUGGCCAGGAGCAGGCUGAUGGUGCAGAUGCCUCUUGUGAACAAAGUCAUGAAGUAAUUGAGGAGUUCACUGAUGUGAAACAUGAAUCUGAAUUUAGCUUGGAAACUAAUUUCAUGGAAGAGGAGGAUGGAGAGUGCAGUGCCGACAGGAGAGACAGCAAUUCUUCCCAAGCUUUUUCAAACGAUCCAUUUAAACAGCACAUGGACAGAGAAUUCAACGAAAAAGAAGUAGAAAAAAUGUCUACACUUCCUAAAACUUCAAAUCAAAGCAAGUGGCCAAGGCUGGGCCAACUAAGUUUUUCUUCCACUCUGGAGAAACAUAAAAUUUUGAAAGCAGAGAGAGAAAUUGAUAUGAAACAACUUUAUCUUCACAAGCCUCUAGAAUCCACUUGGCCAAAAGUGAACAAACAAUUUAUGUCCUCCAUGAACAAACAAUGUGAUCUGUCUUUUACUCCACUACAAAAAGAGCUUUUCUGUAUCAUGAAUGCCUACUGGGACUUGUUCUAUCCAGAAAGAAAUGCUUUAACAAAUGGAGAGGAAAUCCGGCUUGCCUAUUGCUUGCAUGCCUUGAAUCAUGUUCUGAAGGCAAAUGCCCAGGUGCUCAGCAACAAUGCUAAACGAAGAGACCAAAAGCCAGGGACUGACAAUGAUGACUGCAGGGAUCAGGGGCUCACUAGACCUAAGGUGUUGAUGAUCGUGCCCUUCAGGGAUUGUGCUCUGCGAAUUGUCCAUAUUUUCAUCAGUCUUCUUGAAGGGAAUGGCAAAAAGAAAAUAGAUGUAAGUAAUAAAAAGCGCUUCAAAGGGGAGUUUGGCUCUGACCCAGAAGAGAGACCUCCCAACCUGAAAAGACCUGAAGAUUAUGAAGCUGUCUUUACUGGCAACAUUGACGACCACUUCAGAAUUGGGGUUGCAAUUCUUCAAAAGAGUAUGAGGCUAUAUGCACCAUUUUACUCCUCCGAUAUCAUCAUUGCUUCUCCUCUGGGUAUGAGGACUGUUAUUGGUGCAGAGGGGGAGAAGAAGAGAGAUUUUGAUUUUCUGUCAUCAAUAGAAAUUCUUAUAAUUGACCAAGCAGACAUUUACCUGAUGCAGAACUGGGAACAUGUUCUGCACCUGAUGAAGCACAUGAACCUGCUGCCGCUGGAUUCCCACGGGGUUGACUUUUCCAGGGUGCGAAUGCUGAACCUCAAUAACUGGUCCAGGUACUACCGCCAGACGCUGCUCUUCAGUGCUCUGCAGGAUCCCCAGAUUAACUCCAUCUUCAACAAGCACUGCUUCAAUUACGUGGGGCAGGUGGCUGUCCGUAAUGUACCCCUCAGUGGCUCCAUUAGUCAGAUUGUGGUUCAGCUUCCUCAUGUUUUCCGCAGGCUAGAAGCUGAAAGUGUAACUUCUGUAAUAGACACAAGGUUUCAGUUUUUCGUGGACAAAGUCCUGCCUGAGUACCGCGACGCCAUCAUGUCGCACACGCUCAUUUAUGUGCCCUCCUAUUUUGACUACGUGCGUCUUCGGAACUACUUCAAGAAAGAGGACUUGAAUUUUACUCACAUUUGUGAGUACACCAAGAAGGCUGCUGUCUGCAGAGCCAGGCGGUUCUUUCUCAAGGGCGAGAAGCAGUUUCUGUUGUUCACCGAACGUUUCCACUUUUACAAAAGGUAUAUGAUAAAAGGCAUUAGAAACCUCAUUUUCUAUGAGUUACCAACAUACUCCCACUUCUACAGUGAAAUUUGUAAUAUGAUGAAAGCCACAGACAAUGGAGUGGAUGCUACUUGGACGUGUACUGUGCUCUACUCCAAGUAUGAUGCUCAGAAACUGGCUGCGGUGGUCGGCGUAGAGCGUGCAGCUCAAAUGCUACAGUCCAAGAAAAAUGUGCACCUCUUUGUUACAGGGGAAAACUAAUAAGUGACGCUGCAGACUGGACAGCUGCAUGGACCUGCACUGUACUCCUACUGCCCUUUUUCACCUUGCUUUUUUGAAGAGGUGUUAGACUUUUUACUCCCUUUUAAAAGAACACUCUGUUGAAAUUGUGCAAGUAGUAUUAACUUUUUUAUUGCAGUAUUCUAUCCAACAAGAAAUGAAGGAUGUCAUUCAAGAAAGCAGGAGUUAGGUUGUCUCUUCUGUAGAGAAAGAAAAUCAGACCAGAACUGUUCUUCUCAUAUGUUGACAAAUUCACUGGUCAAUGAGGAUUUGGUGCUGUGGUCAAUCACUUGCAUGGAUUGCUUCACUUCAUUUUGAAGUGGUGUGAUGGUUUGGGAGUUUCCUGCCUCCUCCACUCUUACGAAAUCACCCAGACUAGACUCAGCCAGCUGGGAGUUAAGGAAUGAAGCUUUAUAGCACGAUAUACAAGCAGAUAUUUACAAUAUUUACAGCUACAGACAGAAAUAUACAAGUUAAAAGUAAUACAGAAACACGGCAGCCCUCCCAGAAAUCUGAGUCCCCAGGAGGGGCUCCCAACCACCUUUCCACCUUCUUUCCACCCCUCUACCAUACCUCAGAGCAUACCUUAUGUGCAAGGUGAGGUUGGAGGAUCGGCAAGGGGAAGUAGAAAGCAGAAGGAUUAGUUACAGAGAAGCAGCCCAGGAAGAAAAGCACAGACACCAACUCUGACAGAGACACACACUCUGUCUUAUCUGUGUUUGUGUUCUUGUUUAUACAUCUCAGCAAGCCUAUGACUGAAAUAGACAUCCCAUUGCUUCUUUUUCACAGCCUAUAAUCUAAUUUCUCAUUGAAAUACUCCAAUUUGCCUCAAACUAGCACACAAGAAACUAAUCUAGGAAGAGUAAAAUGUCCCAAGUGUUUCCUACAGUCACUGUUUUGUAAGCCUACGAAAGGGAAGUGCAGGCAAAUCCUCUUCAACACAAAUGUGAGAGCUGAACUUGCUUCACCUUGGCACUUGCAAGAAUCCGUGAGUGUGCUGGGGAAGGGGUGUCCUGGAGGCCGGUAUACCCUAAAAUUCCUCUCCCUCCGUGGUUGGAAUGGGAGAGGAAAAGGCGGGAAAAGCCUGUUUGUUUCCCCCUGCCCCGCAGGCGUGAGGGGGGAGCAAAGGGCCCUGCCGGCACGAGGCGUGCCCCGUGCAGAGCCCGCGCUGGGCUCGCGCUGGGCACUGCCUGCGCAGUUCGCACCCCGGCAGUGGUAACUCCGCUCCGUGUCUAGG